AUGAAACUAAUUGGUUUGUUAUCAACAGUAAUUGUAGCAUCUGGAUUUGAAUUAACAGUUUUACAUACAAAUGAUGUAAGUGCAAGGUUUGAACAAUUUAACAAAUACGGGUCAAAGUGUAGUGAAAACGAAGCAGCACUUGGAAAAUGUUUCGGAGGUGUUGCUAGAAGACAAUCAAAAAUUCAUGAAAUACGUGGUAGUCAUGACAACGUUUUAUUGUUGGACGCAGGAGAUCAGUUGAUUGGUACAGCAUGGACUAUAGUCUACCGUGGAAUGGCAACGUCAUUCUUUAUGAAUCAACUGGGAUAUGACGCAAUGUGUCUCGGAAACCAUGAAUUUGACAUUGGAAUUGACGGAUUAAAGAAGUUUUUAGAAAACGUCACAUUUUCUGUUGUAAGUGCAAACACUGACGUAAUGCAUGAACCACGACUGCAAGGGAAGUUCCGAAAAUCCUCUAUACUAAAUGUUGAUGGAGAACAGAUUGGCAUUGUGGGAUAUGUCACACCGGAAACAGCCGAAAUAUCCAAUCCAGGCCCAUCAUUCAGGUUCAAGGAAAUUAUAAGUUCUGUUCAAUAUGAAGUAUCUGUACUGCAGUCAAAAGGCGUCAACAAGAUUAUUGCUCUAGGAAAUGCUGGCUUUGACAUAGACAGAAAAGUUGCAACUAUAGAUGGUAUAGAUGUGGUUUUUGGCGGUCAUUCUAAUAUUUUCCUUAAUAACGGUGACCAGCCCUCGGGAGAGAAAAUAGAUGGACCGUAUCCAUUUAUUGUUGAAGAGAUCGGAGGGAAUAAAGGAUUAGUUGUUCAAGCUAACACUCACGGAAAAUAUCUUGGAUAUCUUAAUAUUAUAUUUGACUCAGUAGGAACGGUUACAAAUUAUUCUGGAAAUCCUAUACUGUUAGACUCAAGCGUUCAAGAAGAUGAAGAAAUUCUGCGGUAUAUGCGUGAUUGGAAACUACAAGUAGAUGGUCUUGGUACGAAAACUGUUGGAUAUUCGAAGGUGGAUCUGGACGGGGAAAGAAGUCACUGUCGCCUAAGGGAAUGCAACCUUGGAAACCUUAUAACCGAUGCUAUAAUUGACUAUCAUGUGAACUAUUCCCACCCUGAAAACCAAUGGACACCUGCUGCAAUUGCCAUAUGGAACGGCGGUAACAUUCGGACAUCUAUUGAUAAGGGACCUGUUAUAGCUAGGAAUAUAAUGGACGUUAUGCCAUUCGGAAACAUUGUAGACAUGGUUACCAUUUCUGGACAAAACUUACGAGAUCAGCUGGAAAUAUCUGUCCAAGACAUAAAUGAGAACAAUCCGCAUGGUCGUUUUCUUCAGAUGUCUGGUAUGCGUGUUGUUUAUAACCUGCAUAAACCAGUUGGCCAACGUGUUUCAUCCGUGGAAGUAAGAUGUUUAGAAUGUGAUAUCCCUACUUAUAUUCCUUUAAAUGAAUCCGAUAUUUAUAACAUUUUUGCAUCAACUUUCCUGCUCGACGGUGGUGAUGGGUACAAGUUCUCGCCGAUAAGACGGCAGCUGUAUAAUAAUCUGGAUGUUUCCAUAGUGAUGGAAUAUUUCAAGAGGCAUAACCCUGUGUAUGCACAAAAGAGGGAAGGAUUCAUUUCCACGUGGACACAGUUUCCUCAGGACCAGUGA